AUGAGUGAUCUUGGAACUUGGUAUAGAUCAAUUCCUACAUUUACAAGAUACUGGCUGACUCUAACAGUCGGUUUUACAUUAAUUGGAAGAUUUGGUGUAUUUAAACCUUACCAAUUAGUAUUAUUGUAUGAGCCGGUUAUACAUAAAUUUCAGAUAUGGAGGCUACUGACUGCAGUUUUUUAUUACCCACUGUCACCUGCUACUGGCUUUCAUUUUCUUAUCAACUGUUAUUUCCUAUACAGCUAUUCAGAUCGCUUGGAAAGAGGAAAAUUUGAUGGAAGACCAGCGGACUACUUGUUUCUUCUCACAUUUAAUUGGUUGUGCUCUGUCAUUUUAGCUAUUUUGCUAGAAGUUCCAUUGUUGAUGGAUCCAAUGGUGCUAAGUGUACUCUACAUUUGGUGUCAGUUAAACAAGGAUGUGAUGGUCAACUUUUGGUUUGGCUCCAGAUUUAAGGCCAUGUAUCUGCCUUGGGUUCUUCUUGCCUUCAAUGCUAUUGUUAUGGGAGGAGGUAUCAUGGAAUUGCUUGGAAUUGUGGUCGGUCAUUUGUAUUUCUUCUUGAUGUUUAAGUAUCCCCAAGAGCUAAAUGGACCCCAGCUAAUCUCUACACCAGAAAUAUUUUAUAGUUGGUUCCCAAACCAGAACAGCAGUCAUGGUUUUGGUGCUGCACCAACGAGGAGGACCGAAGGUGAAUCAUCAGGACCUCGAAGGCAUGAUUGGGGUGGUCGUGGUCACGUCCUUGGUCGUGCUGACUAA